UGGCUUGUCAGGUUCUAGAUAUCUUUGCCUUCUUGUCUUCACUUUGUUUACUUGUUUUGUGUUUAGUAAGAAAAAGUACAAAUAUACGUUGAACAGAAGUUUAGGAUAUGUAAUCAAUCCAAAAUCGUCUCGUCCUUCCGGAAGAUGCAUAAAUUCGUUUCUAGAACUGCUGCCUCAAUUGCAGCACAUGAAGUUGACUGCUCAGAGCAGAAUUCUUGUGACAUAGUAUUCCCACCAAUCAAGGAGGAGUUGACGUACGUACUGCCGGCAGAUGGAGACGUCUGUGUGAAGCAGGAGCCAAUCACGGAGGAGUUGAACGAACUGUGUUCCUGUACCGGUCUGUGCCAGCAAGUGAAGGAGGAGAUAACUAUAGAAGAGCACCCCGCUGCCCCAGCUGCAGCAGUAGUUGAACAGAAUGAACCUCACAACUGUGUGGGUCGUCAUGGUAACACUUCAUACAGCUGCAUUGGACACAGUUCCCAAGACUCACCAGAUACCAGCAUCUUAUUGAAGAGAGAAGUGACUCAUGCUGAUACCAUAAAAUUAUCAAACUGCUUAAAUAAUUUAGCUGGAUCCACUGGUAUUAGCAACAGUCAGGAUAAAACUUGCACUGGUAACAACAUUUUAUCAUUUGGACUUUGUUCAUACAUUCCACAACAGUAUGCCCAAAAUGACCCUGGCAAUAAACAAUUUUCUUGUGCAGAAUGUUCAGCAACAUUUAUCCACAAAGGUGACCUGAAGAAGCAUAUUCAAACUCACACUGGAGAAAAACUUUUUACUUGUACAGUAUGUUCUGCCAAGUUUAGCCAGCAGGGUGAACUGAAGAAACAUACUCGAACCCACAGUGUAGAGAAAACAUUUUCUUGUACAAUAUGUUUUGCCAAGUUUAGGAAGCAUAGGUAUCAGAAGGAGCACACUCGAACACACACUGGAGAAAAACCUUUUUCUUGUACAGUAUGUUCUGCCAAGUUUAGUCAGCAAGGUACCCUGAAGAAGCACACUCGAACCCACACUGGAGAAAAACCUUUUUCUUGUACAGUAUGUUCUGCCAGGUUUAGUCAGCAAGGUACCCUGAAGAAACACAUUCAAACCCACACUGGAGAAAAACCUUUUUCUUGUAAACUAUGUUCUGCCAAGUUUAGUCAGCAAGGUACCCUGAAGAAACACAUUCAAACCCACACUAGAGAAAAACCUUUUUCUUGUACACACUGUUCUGCCAAGUUUAGUCAGCAAGGUACCCUGAAGAAACACAUUCAAACCCACACUGGAGAAAAACCUUUUUCUUGUACACUAUGUUCUGCCAAGUUUAGUCGGAAUUUUGACCUGCAGAGGCAUAGUCUAACACACACUGGAGAAAAACCUUUUUCUUGUUCACUAUGUUUUGCCAAGUUUAGGAAGCAUAGUCAUCUGAAGGAGCACACUCGAACACACACUGGAGAAAAACCCUUUUCUUGUACACUAUGUUCUGCCAAGUUUAGUCGGAAUUUUGACCUGCAGAGGCAUAGUCUAACACACACAGGAGAAAAACCUUUUUCUUGUUCACUUUGUUCUGCCAAGUUUAGAAUGCUUAGUCAUCUGAAGAGGCACACUCGAACACACACUGGAGAAAAAACAUGUUUCUUGUAAACUAUGUUCUGCCACAUCUAGCCAUCAAAAUGCUUUGAAAAGACAUACUGGUACAAACACACUAAAAAAUACUUUUUUCUUAAACACUGUUCCGCUAAAGUUAGUAAGCAGGUAACUUAAACAUGUUUAAUCUUACAUACACUUCCCCCUAGUAGCGUGAGUAAGAGGGUAUUGACUUUUUAAAACUCACACAAAAAUAUCCAGUUGAACCCCUCCCUUCCCCUGUGCUUCCCCCUGUCCCACCCUGGAACACUGUGACUUGCACCAUCGAUUUCCCCACUCCUGAAGUGUGAUUGGUAAGUCUGUGUGUCUUGUUAGGAGGAGAGCUGUGAUUGGCCGGUGAGUAGUGGAAUGGACAGGGAGUUAAGACUGCUGUGGGAAGGCUUGUGCCUUCACGUUCUGCCACACUACAGUUAUGUCUGGGAGCAGGAGCAACACACACAACCAUCCUGUCUGCCGCCUGGGAGGUCACUGUAACAUACAAGUAGUUCUGUAACCAAGUCACCAGCUCAUUUUCCUCCUCUCACGCUCUUUCCAUGCGGAGAGGGAAGACCCAGGCCACAUGCUGGGCUGCAGGGAGAGGCAACAUUGCAUGCCUUCUCUAAUAGCCAGGCGGAUAAAUAAAUAUUUAAUUGUGCCCGAGAGUAAUCAGUGGAUAGCGAGUGCACUGCAGUACAAAAGGUUCACAUGUAUACAUAUUUUAAGUAUUGACAAGGAAAAUAACGUAGAUGACACACAAAAAACAGUUUAAAAACAAUGAACAUAAUUUAUACAGAAAAUCACUGUUAUAUACAUGCAACACCAAUAUACAACAAAAAAACAGAAUUAAGACAAUUUUUAAGUUUUAACAGGCCAUUUCGAACAAAGCAAAAACCAGCAAUCCUGAAAUAAUAUAUGAAAGCAUAUAAAACGUAAAUUCACAACCAGACAGAUAAAAACAAGGUUUUGGGAGUUAUUCGCGAUAAAGUAGACGAAUCGUCAGAAUAACUUGAAAAACAUGAAAUUAUGUAAAUUAUGAUUCUAAAGCUUAUAGCAAACACAGGAUUACUUCUUACAAGGAGGGCAUAGGUCUGGUUUGUUACCAACCUAAAAACCAGGCUUAAUAUUUAAUUACAGAAAUCCACCUAUAUGGAGAUGGAAAAGGGGUACAUAAUAUUUUAAGAUAAUUAAUUAUACCUUUAAAACUAACGAAGUGUAAGAAAAAUGUUUGGGUAAAAGAGGUAUAUAUAUUUUUAAGAUUAAUAAUUAUAUCUCUGAAUGUAAGCGUACCAUUAAUAAACACACGAAAACUACUUACCAUAAUUUACCAUUUUUAAAAAUUCAAACACUUUAAGUUUGGUAAAAGGGCAGGUGUGUUUUUUAAAUUAAAAAACUCACAUCUAUACAUAGUUAAUUUUUAUGUAUUUUUGGCAUUUAUUAAAAUUUGUCUAUAAAUAGGGGUAAUAACAGAAUUAGUUUUCAUUUAUUUGAAUAAUUAAUAUCUCGGCAACUAAAUAAGUUAGAUAUGGAUUAAAUUGUAAAAAAAUAAUAAUAUAUAUAUUUUUACUAAUUUGCAAUAUUCCACCCCUUAGGGUGUGAUGAGUUUAGUUUUGUUUGAAGUGAAAAAAAAAAUCCAUAAUUAUGAAUCAAUUCUAUCGAAGGGUUAGAAAAAAAAUAUAGUGUUUCAAAUUUUAAUUUUUGCAGUUUUCCGUAUUUUGUGUUUUAAGGGUGCUAAAGAGGGUAACUUAUGUUCUAUCAUAAAAAAAACUCAUUAUUUCCAUAGCAAUAAUACUGGAUUUAAAAAACUUUGCAUAAAUAACUUAAUUAAUUAUGUGGAAUACUUUCAAGCAUGUUUUUAUAGUAAUAAAUCAUAUAUAUAUUAUAAUGAAGAUAAGAAACUGAACAAGAAUAAUGUACUCAAUUAUGAUUUUAUAUAAUGUUUUAACCUUUACCAUUUUUCUAUAUUGUAACGUUUUCCACCCCCGACUCACGUUUGUUCGGGCGCCAUUUGUUGUUGCACAACUCCCCAACCAAAGGGAUUUUCCAGCAGUUCAGUGGUUACCGAAAAAUGGCUACACAAGAGUUUGUCGCAUCACUUCCACUCAACCAACUCGCAACACAUUGAUCCAGUCCUUUUGCAGUCUCUCUUCCUUACUCCUCCCCUGUGCACCUUACACCCCUGUUUUCUCUCAGCGUCCCAUCCUCCAACUUGCCCUUCUUCUUCCUCUCUUCCCUCUUCCGCCGGCACUCCGUAUCCCUCCGCCACACUCCAAAUGAGGGAAUUUGAAUUCACCACUGUUUAGCAAGCUCACUUACUCUUACAAAGUCUAAUUUCAGAAAAUGUUUAACCACUAUUAUUGACGUCCUACAAGUUAGUUCACACGCAAAAGUUUCAAUCUAAAAAAUAGGUGGAUCAGGGCGCAAGAAACUAGUUCCUAGCCAAUAACAGCCCCCUGGCUGCAGACAAUACUGCUAUCAAAGUUGGAAGAAAUGGCUUAACUGCCAUUUUAUCAGGGCAUGGGGGUAAGCUGCAGUCCACCUCACAAUAUUCAACCGCAAAAGUUUAUAAAUGUCACCUCUCUGAACCUAAUGAAGUGAGAUGUAAGUUAUAUGGUAUUAUUAUAAUGCAAAAUCUACCAACUGUUUUUUACAACUUGGUGAAUCUUUAUUGUUUAAAAUGUAAAAUAUUGUAAACAUGGUUUUAACAUUCAAGAAUACUGUUACAUUCCGGGUUGGCCCGCUAAGCAACUCAAAAUAGUAACAAGUCACUUUAAUCACUUAAAAAGUUUAAUGUUUGUAUACAAUGAUUAUGAAGUUUUAAGUUCAUCUUAUUGCCAACAUUGAAGAUGAAUUAUUCCGUUAGGAUAAAAGUUUAUAUUUAGUUGCAUUAGAGUAAAGAGUUUUUGAAGGCA